UUGAUCUGAUUACUAUAUUUCAAACAAUUCUUGAAAUGAAAUCAACCAGUGUAAUCUUUUCAUACUGUGGUAAAAAGUUAUGCUCUUUUGCUAAACUGAUCCUCAUAUUUCUGUGACCUUUUUCGGUGCUAGUAUUAGUAGCCUAUAAGAAAACACUAGUGAGGACUGAGUGCUGUUAUGUUUGCUGUUGGGUCAUCUGUUCUGUAGACAAAGCUUUGAUGCAGCACCUAAAAUAAAGGCAAAAUGCUAUUAUGGGGGUCUUUUUUAUCCAGGAGGAGGUCAGUUCUCAACUAAACUCAUUCAUCCAUGAAAAGACACAAUUUUACAGGCUGUUCUUGAAAAUCAGAUCCUGGUGUGCUAUUUGAUUUUCUGUGAACUAUCCUUUAUUCUUGUUACUUACUCUACUCAUGUUUGCUUUUCCCUAGGCCAAGUCAAAAGCUCCCCUUGUACAAAUGUUUAUAGCUUCUCUUGUACCUCAUGUCAAAUUCAAGGUCUAAGUCCAACAUUUUGAGUUUGUGGAGUCUGGAAAGCAUCAGUGUUUCUUAUCAGUCUUCGUAACACAGAUGUUUGUUGCUCUUUUUUCUGACCUAACUGAUAGCAGUACCAUGGGCUGUUCUGUUUGUCCGCACAAAGGUGGAAAAAAUAGUAGCACUCUUGAAUUUCAAAUAUCUGAAUUUUGUUUUAAAUGUGCUUUGCAAGCUGGAUGACGUCUAACAUGCAUCCCAGCAUGUGGCAGCCACUCAGUUCCCAUUGAAUAAUGUGGAGGGGUGGUUUCUGUUUGAUGAUUUAACACCAAAACUUGUAUAGGUUUACAGCUUUAUAGGCCAAAUCCUGAAGUUCUUACUUGGGCAAUGGCUCUGUCAGUUUUAAUGAGAUACUAAUGAGGUCUGAUCUCUGGGAUCCAGCCUUUUUAUUCUUCUGUAAAGAAUGGACUUCUGUUGCAGGGCUGUUUCAGUACUGGUAUUGCUUUCUGCACAAUACUAGUGAAAAUAGAGUAGCACAGAUUUCAACACACGCUGGCAACCAGAGUACAAACCCUGUGGGAACCCUUUGUGUAUUCCUAGCAUGGACGAAGGUCUAUGUUGCCUUGUCUAUAUUGCUUUGUUACCCAUGCUACAUGAAUUAAGCUAUCAUUCAUAGGCUAACGUGCGAUUUAGUCACACCACCAUUUUGCUGUAUAAACAUACCCUUCGAAUCUGACACUGGUGAAGGAAGACUCGGCAGUCUUUAUAGUUCAGUGAUAAUGUAAAGGAAUGUUGCUAAAUACAACCCCUGCUAAUACAUCAGUCAGUCAAUCCUGAGGCUACACCAACCAUUCGGGCACCUUUGCAUAGAGCAAUAACUUUCCUCCAUUCACCCUGGUCUUUUGCAAUCCCUGUAACAAUCAGUCAGUUUUAAUCCUGUACAGUCUUUGAUGUUGCUGGUCCAGCCGGUCCUAGGUCUUCCUCUUCUUCAUCCAUCCACAGAACCCUGCAGGAUGGUGUUUGCAAGGGUUUGGCAGGAAGAAUGUUCUGUUUGUGACCAUGGGGGUGCAAACUGGCUUCAGCUUUCUGCAAGUUUUCUCCAUCAACUGGGAGAUGUUUUCAGUGCUCUUUGUCCUCGUCGGCAUGGGACAGAUCUCUAACUAUGUGGCGGCUUUUGUGCUUGGCACGGAAAUUCUUGGCAAAUCAGUUCGCAUAAUAUACUGCACAUUAGGUGUUUGCAUAUUUUAUGCAUUUGGCUACAUGUUGCUGCCGCUGUUUGCUUACUUCAUCAGAGACUGGCGGACACUGCUUCUGGCUCUUACUUUACCUGGGCUGCUCUGCAUUCCUCUGUGGUGGGUCAUCCCAGAAUCCCCCCGGUGGCUAAUCUCCCAAGGAAGAUUUCAAGAGGCAGAAAUGAUCCUCCGUAAAGCUGCAAAAAUUAAUCGGAUUACAGCUCCCGAUGUAAUAUUUGACCCUAUGGAGAUGCAAGACUUGGAUUCCCAGGUGCAGCAAACGUACAGCUUUUUGGACCUAUUGAGGACCCGAAAUAUCCGAUCUAUCACUAUUAUGUCAGUGAUUCUUUGGAUGAUAAUCUCUGUCGGCUAUUUUGGUCUCUCGCUUGACACUCCUAACUUGCAUGGAGAUGCCUAUUUAAACUGUUUCCUUUCGGCGGUUACCGAAGUUCCAGCCUAUGUUAUUUCCUGGCUUCUUCUCCGAAAUCUCCCCCGACGGUAUUCAAUAUCAGCUGCGUUGUUCUUGGGAGGCUGUGUUCUUCUCUUCAUUCAGCUGGUGCCUGCAUCUCUUCAGAUCAUGUCCAUUAUCCUGGUCAUGUUUGGGAAAUUUGGAAUCACGUCUGCCUUUUCAAUGGUUUAUGUGUACACUGCUGAGCUCUACCCAACAGUUGUGAGGAAUAUGGGAGUUGGAGCAAGUUCCAUGGCCUCCAGGUUGGGCAGCAUCCUCUCGCCAUACUUUGUGUACCUUGGUGCUUAUGACAGAUUCCUGCCAUACAUCCUGAUGGGAAGCCUGACUGUGCUGACAGGAAUCCUUACUCUCUUUCUCCCAGAAAGUUAUGGUAUUCCUCUCCCAGACACCAUUGAGCAGAUGCUGCUGGUUAAAGGAAUCAAAUACAGACAUUCAUCUAGUGGUCCAAGGGUUUCAAAGGAUGAAGAAGAAAGUCCCGUGAUUCUUAAAAGCACAGCUGUUUGAUGUAUCUACACUGCAUACUUCAUGAUGGACUGAAAAGUAGAGAGACUUUUCUUUAAUUUUUCUACCAGAAAGUGCUAGUGGCAACAUUUCAUUUCCUGUAAUUAUAAACUUAUUUAUUAAACACAGUUUUCAGUAGGUUCCAUUUUAUAUGAACACAAAUACUGUAGGUCCCUCCCUGAAAUCUCCAUCAGCAUUUGUUUAAUAUGUCAGUUACACUGAGCACUAUGGGAUCGACAGAGUCAGAGUCUGCAUCUUCAGAUAAUGAGGAAACUCUGUGUACAAAGGUGCUUGAAGAUGAGGUCUGGAGUGACUUCAGUCCUUAGGGAACCUUCACACAACAUACUGCAUAUCAGCAAGAGUUAAAACUUGCCAACUCUUACUAAUUAGUAACAAAAGAUGCCAAAAGACUGCCAGUGAUUGCUUGACAGACAGACACCAUCAUUCCAGAGCAAAAAGCUGACUUAAAGGAUAAAGGUUGCAAAAACAUUUGGUUUGGCAGUUUUAUAAUGGUAUACAUUUUCACAGAGGAUGCUAUGUCCAUGACACAUUUCUGAACAAAUUCAGGCAUGGAAAAAAAGGAAAACGCUGAGAAACAAAUUUGAAAACUGUGUUUUAUCUUAGCUGGAAUGCAUUUUCUAAUGCAAAGAGUUUGCACUAGUUACAUUUUGGUAGUACACUGCAUGUCAAAUACCUUUUUAACAUGGCCACAGGGUGAAUUUGUUUACACCUGAUAUUGGGAUGUGGUUUUUUUUCCAGAUUCAUACAUUUAUUUUAAACAAUGCAAAUAGGUUUUAUCUUUUUUUUGUUUGUUUUACUUCUAGGAUACAUUACAAGCUAAUCCUUUAAGUUGGUCUUAAACCCUUAGUGCAGUUUGGUUUAGGGAGCAAACAAAUGUCUGUUUUCACGAGAUUUUUUUUAUUUCCCUUUUGUCAUUUUUUCCAUUUGAUGGCUAAAUUUGUCUCCUUUACAUCUGUGUGGCUACACUGACUUGAAGGCAGUGGAACUGCAUGGGUGUUACUGAGAGUAAAAUUUAGCCUCUUGUGCUUGACCUAGGUGCCAAUAGCAUCAUUUUAUGUGAACUUGUUUUCUUAUAAGUAUCAUGAAAUCCAUGACAUUUAAAUAAAAGUGCAAAAAAACAAGAAAUCAUGAUGAAAAUAAUACCAAGAAACAAUUCUUUUUAUCACAGAAGCUGUCUAGGUAUUAUCUGUAUUUCUUUCAGGAAAAUUUUUCUCUGUCUCUCAUUUUGCACAAUUCUGAAGGUGCAGUAUUUUUGGCUGGAAAAGUUUGAGAUGAAUCUAUUGGGGACAUUCUGUGGUACUUUUUAUAGUUUAAUAAAUAGAAUCUAACCUUUUUAUAAUCAAAGCUACUAAUGCCGUUUACAAACAUUUUAUGUUUUACUACUGGGUUUUUUUCCAUUUUUUUUUUUUAUUUAGCUUUUGCUAAACAUUUCGAUAACCAGGAUUUCUUGCUCCUUUACCCUGGUGAUCAUGCUGUAGCAGCAGUUUUGGUGCACUACUUCCUGCCUUAUAGGAGAAUGUGUAGACCCUCCCCUUUUGUCUCACCUUCUCACAUGCACAUGUAUAUACUGUAAGCAAUUGGAUUGUCUAGUUCCUCCUGUCUGUACCUAUAAACGUGUAGCCAGAAGUUGGCCAGUGUUAAUGUAUCAUAGAUGAGACUAUUUCUGUGCCCUUGAGGCUGGAUUAUGUUGCAUUGUGUGGGUCUUUGGAGGGUGGGGCAAGAAUCUAAAUAUGUUUCCAUGUGCUGUAACCAGUUAGAUGCAGCUGAUUCAGAGGGCUGCUAUUUUCUUGACAGUGGUGCAUUCCUGGCAAUUGCAUUUUAUAGCAUGCUGUAUGACUUGAAGCUAGUGCACAAUGUGGUCAACCUAAAGUGAACGUUUUAAAGCCUCACUCCAGAUUACACAAUGGCCUCAGCAUGGCAAAUCUGCGUAACAGGACCAUGCAUGAACCAUGAGUCCCCCUUAAUAUGGGCCUUGUUUAAUAAAAACCUUUGAAAUAUUCUAAAGCUUGCUCUUGCAUGGUAUAAUUUGCCAUUUCUGUGCCCAUUUUAUGCAUUCAUUAUAAAACAGACAAAUCUAAUCUCAAUGAUAUCCUAAAAGUUAGUGGAAAUAUGUGUUGUUAAAUAAAAAAAAA